AUGGGCAAUGCCGCCGCCUCUCCAUGUUAUGUAUCAAUUUCCGUCUCCCGCCGCCGCUCCUCCGCCGUCAAACUCGUCUUCUCCGACGGCUUUACUAGACUCCUCCCCGGUAAGCACCACAUGGCCGGUGAAAUCAUGUUCCGAUUCCCAAACACGAUGAUCUGUCACGCCGAUUCCUUCUUCAUCGGUCACACCAUCCCCUCCUUAGGCACCGACGACAAACUCAUCGCCGGCGAGACCUACUUCAUCCUCCCGCUCGAUCUAUUCGCCUCCUUCGACGUUCUCACCACAUCGUCGCUCGCAGCCCUCGGCGCUCAAAAGGCGAAGACCGUGAAAUUUUCCGGUCCUUGUCCGUUUGAGUAUGUUCGAAACGCAAAUGGAAGAGUUCUGAUUAAGGUCGCGCCGGAGUUCAUUCUUCGCCUAAUUUCCCCGGCGGACGACGGCGGAGGAGGUCAAUUUCUGUGCAGUACGCCGGAGUUGAAGAAACAUUACGAUCAACUCGUCGGAUCGAAGGGCCCGGUUUGGUCCCCCAAAUUGGAGAGCAUUUCGGAGUAUGAAAUUAGGCAUUCACCCUAUAAAUUUGUAGGGUUUAAACUCAAACAAAAAGAAGGCUAA